CUCUUCACUUCUAAUCUCUCUUGAAGGCUUCCGGCAUAGUCAAGAUUGCUGCCUUCUUGGGGACAAGGAGAAGCAUCCCAGAAACAAGCUUCCGUUUAGGGGAAUAGUGGGCUCUGCCCACCUCCCAAGCCCGAGGGAGGAAGUGCAGGCCUGGAGCCUGGGGCUGCCUUGGCUUUCCGGCACAUCUCCUCCCACCCCCGCGCCGUCCCACAUAUUUCUGGGCACAGAAUGCAGCUACGGUGGGGACUGAGGAGCAAGUUCUGUUCCUUGACCUAUGAAGUGGUUACACGAGUGCAUUCUCUUUGGGAUAAUUAAAAUGUACCCUUCUGUGCACUUUUCUGUAUGUAGACUAUACUUGAAUAGAGUUAAUAUAACAGCGCUGAGCCCCAGAGGCAUGGCAGUGGUCGGUCAUGAACGAGGCUACUGAAGUGGGGAUGAGAGCCAGAGGGCGGGCGCCUUUCCCUGUGUAGGGAAUCAACUCUCUUUCCCUACACCGUGGGCACCUCAAGGGCAGGGCCCGUCUUCAUCUUUGUGGUCCUAGAGCCCAGCCCUGAGCCUGUCACAGUAGCCCCAGAGUAGGAUGAGUGAAGGAAACCGGGAAAAUGCGUCCAUCUUCCAAACCCCGUUUGUCACAGCAUUGUGCGUGGUCAGAGAAAAGCAGGACAUUCCAGGAAAGGAUGACUCCAGUCACAUUCUGAUAGCGCUAUUCAGAGGAUAGUCCUUUUUGCCCACAGGACUGAUUCUUGGAAGGGCAAGAACUUGGCUAACUCAUCACCCCUCUGUGCUGGUGACUACUCCAGGGUCGGGCUUAAGCACAUCUAGCUUUGUUUAGGCAUCCAGUCAGUUCACAGCCCUGGGCCGCCCAGUCCCUGUAAUGGAGGUGGGGAAGGGCCCCAGAAAGGGGCAAAAUCCAAGAUAAAAGCAGUAGCGGGCAUGCCAGGGCGGCUGACAGCCUGACCCUUGCAGGUAAGACGUCCACAGCUGACCUAGAACUCUACGGGCCCUUCCUCUCCAGGCAUGCGCGCCACUGCCCGAGUGCCAAGCCGAGCACCUCGCGCGGUAGGACAGCAGUUGCUCACUUGAGUCCGUAGCGGUCUCCCCGGCAAGGGCCAGGUGGCCACGAUGCCAGUGCGACUGCUGAGGGAUGAUGUGGCCGCUGUGCAGGAUGUACAUGCAGUGGAUGGCUUCCAGAUGAAAGUGGAUGCCCAUGGCUUCACCCCUGAUGAGCUCGUGGUGCAAGUGGACAGCCGAUAUCUGAUGGUGACAGGCCAGCGGCAAAUCGAUGGCUGCAGCUACCGCGCGGCGCAGAAGGUACACCGGCAAGUACAACUACUGCCGGGCCUGGAUCCUGCCGCCAUGACUUACAGCUUGACUCCCUCAGGUCAGCUGUGCUUCCAAGGCCAGUGCCAGGCGCUGCAUCCCCUGAAGCCCAAAUAGCACCGUACCCAAUAAUCAGCAGCCGCGGCUCUAAGAAGCUUUCCAACCC